AACCAUUUUACGUCCUCGCUCCGAUAUCAGAGUAGUUUCAAAUGAUGAUUACCGAAAAGCUACCUUUAUAUUCGGCUCGGGACCUUUCCCCCCGCUACGAAGCAUUCUCUGAGGAAGAUGAUGAGGAUGGUAAUCCAGUCUUUCUCUAUUCAUCUUUUGGCUACUUUUCCAAUGAGUUCAUUGCCUACUUUGGCCGAUCUAAUUCUCGAAAACGCGAUUUGAACCAGGAAAUCAUUAGAGAAAGUUUACAACGUCUUCCAGACGAGGAUGUGUACCCUAUGGCUCCUUCAAAUAUUACAGUAGCCUUAUCUCCGACUCCGAUCAACGAGACGCUCUUCCUUAAAAGGCCAAAACUACACCUAGACUUCUUAGGUACAGGUCUAUUACCAAAACUUAUGUUACAGGAAGCUGAAACAAUGGAGCUACUCCUACAAAACCCACAUCCAAAUAUUAUACGAUAUCAUGGUUGUUUAAUCAAACGUGGUCGUAUCGUUGGCCUAGUCCUGGAUCGCCUCCCGGAUACACUCCAACACCGAUUAGAGAAGAAUACUCAGCACUUUAACGUUGAAAACUGUAUACAUAAAAUAAGGUCCGCAAUCUACCACCUUCACUCACUCGGACGAGCGCAUAACGAUCUUACACCAAUGAAUAUUAUGAUUGAUGAACGCGACGAUCCUAUCAUUAUUGAUUACGGCUCUUGUCAGCCAUUCGGGAAUGAACUUAUUACAGCGGGCACGCCAGGAUGGAUUGAUGAAGAAUUUACGAUUUCGGCGCAAAAGCACGAUCAAAUUGCGUUGGAAAAGAUCCAGCAAUGGAUGGAGAAUCUUGUGAGAGCUGCAUAAGACAUAAGGAUAGGGUAGAGAAUAUGACAAUAUGUCGAAUCUGUCCGCUUCCAAAUGAACCUCCCUCAGCCAUCUUAAGCCCUCUUCAGCCAUCUCGCGUAUUAUUUGCCUAGGAAGAGGCACUGGGUAAGAACGUGACAAUAUGUCUGAUCUAUUCGCUUCCAAAUAACCCUCUUUAAGCCAUCUCGCGUGUCGUCUGCCUAGGAAGAGGCAUUGGGCGAGGGGUUUGUUGGUGGUACGUAGCUAUCGGAAUUUCUACAAUCCCGUUUUUCGCAGUCCUUCUUCUCUCUUUGUCUCUGUACUCGAUAUCCGUUGGGAGCCCUUGCGCCAGGUGUAACCCUAAUAGUUGUAUGAAAUACGCAC